CCCCUCUGCAGCUAUGUGCAUCCAUUCUUGCUGGGUAGGUGAAACCACUUGAUUAGAAACAAAAUUGAAAAAAAAAAAUUCUAGUUUUAAAAUCAUAUGAAACAAAUAAAUUUACCUCUGAGUAGUAAAAUAUUUUUAAAGCAUUUUUCUUGAGGAAAAGCUGAGCAAAAUUUGAUGGAAAGUAAAUGUGAGUUAGAUUCAUGGAAAGUUUUAUCACUGUAUGGUAACAAUACCUGCUGUAAUCUUCGUUUACAGUGCUGGUUUCAUGACGUGGGAAAUUGUUCAUAACAUCGAAAGUCUCCUUAUUAAAGAAGACAACAGAAUAAAUAAAGGCUUCGAUUUUACCACUGAUGAAAUUGCAGAUAGCAGUCAUGAUUUAGCUGAGUGUUUGCAAGGUAGUUAUUGCUGUGGUCGAUCUUGACAAACUUUAUUUGCCUGGGAUGAAGGGUACUUCAUUGGUAUGCAUCAGAGUAUCAAAAGAAAGAGGCCUCUUUCUUUUCCUUUGUGUGUGAAAGAUUAAUUUUUUAAAUGAAAAUGGAAAUGGAAUGUUCAGGUUUUGGUCUUUGGUGGAAUACUGCUGUCAGAAUAAUUUAAAUUAAUAAUGCGUGAAGUAAUCACAAUUUGAACUUAUAUUUUUACAGCAUGCCAACAUAUGGUAGAUAUCCCUUACAUUAGACUUACGAUAAAAAUCUGAUUCAAUCUGCUGCAGAUAUUGCAUUUAUCUUGUCAAGUUCAAAGUCUGCCAAGUUUCCAGGGUCCUUGUCCUUGUAAUGUUCUCAGAGUUUUACAAACUCAGACAGAGGUGUCCUUUUUGCACAAUGUUCAAAAAUGUGUAAUAAAACAAUUGUUGAAUGUGGUUUUUGCAUGAUAUCAAGAAUUAUCAAACCUUGUGCCUCAGCCUUUGCCUUCAGCAGAUAAGUCAGACCUCAGUUUUCUUCAUGAUAUCAUGUUCAACCUCAUUCAAUAACUGUCUAUUGUACCAGCUUUGGAUUGGAUGGUAAAGAAAACAGAGGUAAUACAAAAUAAAGAGAGAGGCUUCACCAAAACAUUUUUAUUUGCAUAAUGAAAAAGAUGAAUAAAAAGACUUCCUAACAACUUUUUGUGGUGCUUUCUUUGUUCCUUGAGAGCCAGACUUGUCCAUUUGUAAAUUUUAUGAUUUACUAAAACUAGCCAUUUCAUUAUCUGUUCUAUCAGUACCUUGGCUUGAUGAAGCUUGGAAAUUUACUGAUACAGAAGAUUGGCAAAAAACAUUGUGGUCAAUUGUACCAAGCAGCUUGAUAUUGCAGUUCUCCAAAGGUAUCUAUGGUCAAUAACUCCAAAAACAUUAGAACAUUGCUUUAAAUAAAUUUGAUUAUCAGGGGGUUAUCUUAACUGACUGGAUGACUGGCAAAGUUGCCAAAUGAGGAAAUGUCUUUUGACAAUUUGUUUGGGUUAAGAAGUAUAGUAAUUAGUGUAUAGUAUAGUAAGAUUGUUCAAUUUGAUAUCUACAGUUGAAAUCUAGAUUAUUUUUCACUUGGAGAACUCAUUAUUAAAUGUGCUAAACAUAAUCAUUACAUUUUUGAAAUGCAUCUCAUGAAACUGGGUUCAUUCAGAUGAUGAAAACUAAAAGGAGAGCUGAACAAAAUAUUCCAACAAUUUAACUCUUUACAUCCUAACAUCAGUAGAUAUAUUUUCCAUACUGUUUUCCAUUUCCUAUGAUACUGACAAAGAAAACUUGUUGUCAAGAGCUUCUUGAGUGGGUGGUCAUUUCUUGGAUUCUCAUAAGUUAAACAUUACUGUUUGAUUCAAUGGCAACAAUGUAUAGAGAAAUUAGGUGGUAGUUACUCUUAAUGGCUGAAGGGAAAAACAAUCAAAUCUCAAGUUGUUUGACUGACCAGUGAUGUUUGGAUGAAUAUGAACGCGGUUGGUUAGAUGUUAAAUUCAUGCCAUUUGUCUUUUCAUAGAUUCAUAAACUUGUGAGUUGCAAGUUUAUACUCUACAAGAAAAUUAUAUGAUACAUAAAGGUUCUUGUUAACGGAGUCAUUGGCUCACUGAGAAGAUCUAUAAAAAAAAAACUUUGUAAGAGUUUUGGCAAAGGGUUGAAACAAACUUUAAUUUGCACAUUCAAAUACCCCUUCAAAUGAAGGGGUUUUUUAACAAUGAGUUUAAAUUUAAUAUUUUUGUCUUAUCAGCUCUAUCAUCUCCCUUGGCCCUUCGUUUGUCAGUACCUCAGAAGUUCCUUGCUUUUCUUCAGGAGUUUGAUGAUGAUGAUGUGAGGAUACUUGGAACACAAGUGCUGGCUUCCCUUAAGAUUCAUGAUGGUAAAUGGAUAAUAAGUACAGGGUUAAGAGAUAUUAGUUUACAUAGAUAUGUUAGAAAACUUUGGGUGUAAAUUGUAUUGUAUUUUUCUCUUUAAAGUAUUUAUGGGCCAGAGAGUGAAUUUUAAAUCUAUGAAGACUUAUCAUAAUGCUUAUUAAGAGAACUUCUCAAUAUCCCCUUCAGGGUACUUUCCUUUUGAGCAAGGAUAACUGUAUUAUACUACUGUCAUCUGAUUUUAUUUAGUGUGUGCUGUUCCAAUUAGGGCCCCCUUUCUAAUAAACUCCCCUCUCAAAUUUGUUUUUGUUAAUAAGUGCCCCUUUUCUAAUAUGUACCUGUAUUGGGUAAGCUCUCCCUGUUCUUUUUCAGUGAUAGCACUGUAAGAAUACAUGUACAUUGAGAUCAACGUGAUUCAUCUUCUUUUAGUUGCCUACUAUAUAGCUUCAUUACAAAAACUGUGGUAUUUGUCUCCUUCUCUCAACUAUUUUGUCCCGGAGAGUGCACAGUUUCUUAAAACGAAUGACCUCUUCUUAACCAAGAGAGAAUUUCUCCUUACAGUAUCAAUAUGAUAUUAAGCAAACACUUGAUGAGCAUGAUGAAAAAUGUCAAACAGGGCAAUAUUAGUUGAUCCAAUGCCAAAUUCUUCAAAUGACAACGUUAUGAACUGUAUUGCAGACAGUGAGGAGAUUACUUUACUAAAAUCUUGGGAGUGAAAGGGUUAAAGUAGUCGUUGAGAGCCACUCAGGUGAUUUUAAAGAAUCAGCAGGAGUGGCACUACUUUCUGUUAGGAUUUAGGAGUAAAGCUCAAACUGAUAUUCAGUGAAUGAGCGAGAUGGAAACUUUCUUGAAAGUGUAAGGUCACACGAGUAGAUCGUAAGCGCUGAUUUUUAAUCCCUAGCUGUUGCACGAGAGAGAACUCUCAACGAAACCUUGAACGAGACAAAUUUUAAAGGAAAAUUUUAAAAUCUGGUUAGCAAUGUUGCCGACUUAAUAAGAAGUGCUUUUGAAAAUAUACAGAACCCUUUCCCAAACGAAUUUUUCUGUGCGAUUUGUUACUCGACAUAAAAUUUAAACGCAACUAUGGUGCGUUAAAAAAAUCAGCGUCGUUAAAUAUGAGAAUAUAUCGCAAAUGCCUAAUGAAAGUAUUUGGCCUGUAUGUUAUUCUAUGUUUAUUCAAAAUUUGAAUUCACAAGAUAAAAAUUGGACCUACUAGAUAGUGAAUUUAUUUGUUUUUAGAAGUGAAAACUCAGGAGCUGAAUGAACUUGUGGCAUCAUGUGAUAACAGGAUUCUGAUUGGUUUAGCCAGGUUACCUGGACUCGAUACCAGGCUUCUUGGUGUGCACCGAACAGAAUUAAGGGUAAGACAUAAAUUUAAAUGUUCUAAAACUUAACAACAUUCUUUUCAAAAGAACUCUGAUGAUUUAGGGCUACAUUACGGCAAGAUCCUCCAUAAACUAAAAAAAUGUUUGAGUGAGUAGAUGGUAAAGAAAACAGAGGUAAUUCAAAGUAAAGAGAGAGGCUUCACAAAAACAUUCUUAUUUGCGUAAUGAAAAAGAUGAUUUAAAAGGCUUCCUAACAAACUUUGAAACAUUUUUUUACAAGUAUCGGUCACAAUCUCACACCUGUCAAUUAGAGAGCGCUUAAAAAAAAGCGUAUGUACACUUUAGAAAAGAAACAACGGCAAUUUUUUUCUUCAAAAACUGUUAAUGAUCUUACAGGAAGUAUUAUUCACUAGCGUCGACGAUUAUUCUAUGAAUAUUUACCUCUGCUCAGUAAAUGGCAAGAAAGGUAAUUGUAACUGAAUUCAAACGUAUGUUUGAAGUUGUGACAGUCUGCUCUCUCUCUUAUUAGAAUAGGCCUUUAAGGCCGCGUGUCAACCCAUUCUAUGACACAUUUGCUACCACAAAUUCACUUCGAAACAAAUGUUUUGCUGGCAACCCAAGAGAUUUGAGGGAAUGAGAAAACGAGAGUAGUAAAAUGAUAUUUAUCGGCUUGAGGUCAUGACCGACGUUUUUUCUUAAAAAUACUGGUCAGCCGCAAAAUGAAAUAUAUUUAUGAAAAAUGGCUACGAAGGUGUGGAUAUACUCGGCGACUCACGAAAGCGCUAGGGUGCCCGUGGCAGAGAUAGGAAAGUCCGGACCACACUAAGAACCAAUUAGAUUGCAGGAUUCAUUACCGUACCCUCUGGAAAAAUAAAAAACAGUUAUAUGAUCAAGAUUAUUAUUAAUUGAAGCAAUUUAAUUAUUUUUGAUACGUUCGAUAGAACCUCGCCUAUUUGAACUUUGGCAACUUUAGCUGUUGUUUUUUUCGUAAUGAAUUGGUCCAGUGGAGUUUUUUUUGUGGCUCUUGUUUUCCUGUUUUCCUUUAUUGAUUCAUGCUCCAUUUUUGACUCAACUUACAGUUCCAUGAUUUUUCAAUAUCAUGACUCGAUAAUUUGAUAGGCCAAUUGGUAGUUUGAAAUGGCAUGUAACUAUGUUUGUAUGUGAUAUUUUUUCUUUUGUACAGGCUGAUGCACCACCUGAGUCAAUCGAGAGUGACCUGAAAGCCUUGCUUCUUAAGUUACCUCUUACUGGCCUAGAUCCUUGUACGACAUGGUUUACCCGGAAUGCAAUACUGACUGGCAAAUCAGCAAGCCAGCAUCGUAGAGUAAGCAUGAAUAAUAUCCAGAACACAGUCAAACCUUCCUUUACGGACUCUUCUCCAAUACCGACAGUCAUUAAUGUCCUGAAAAAAUGCUCAAACUUUUGGGUAAAAAAGACCCUAUAAUACCAACCCUCUCUAAUGUGGACACCUGGCAAACACUAAAUCACUAACCAGAAAGCUAAUAUACAUAAACUCAACCUUCGUCUUACGGAUACUCUGGUGAUCAGGUUAUUAUCUUGUCUAUGUGAUCACAAGGGACGUUGUGAUUCUUCUUCUCUUUAUCCACUGGUGUGAAAUAUCCGAUGAUUGAUGUUCAAGUUUUGAUAAUAUAAUAAUCUUUCUUCCAACAUUAACGGCUAUUUUUUAAUAUUUUGACUCCAAUUUCUAUUCGCCUCACAUGUAUUUGAAUAAGUAUUAUUUCAUAUGGGUAUACCACUGCAAAGUAGUUCGUUUAGUUGUUCUGCAAGACAGUGUCUCGCUACUUAAUAUUAAUUGUUGUUAAGGUAAUAAAUUUGUGUCUCUGUUUCUACUAGAUACUUAAAAACUUCAGUGGGGUUCUAAUAGUAAUUUCAUCGUGUUGACCUCUGUAACACGUACACUUUUCUUAAACGGACUCUUCUAUCUGACACGUCUUUGUCUUUAUUAGAGAGGCUCGACCGUAUUAAAAAUUGGUGCAAAGCAUUUUGCUUGUGAUGAAGUUGUCGUUGAUCUCCAGCUAGGGCUUCUCUCCACAUAUUGUGGAUACACAUAAUGAAACUAAUUUAGGGUAAAUAUCCCCCUGAAGGACAGGAGGUUCUGGGUAAUAUGCGUGUGUCAGAUUGGUCAUUUAAUGCUAGGAUUUUCUCUUCAUAGCCAGUAUUUUGGAGUUUCAGUGGAGAAAGUCUGUCCUUUGCUCACAGUCUCAGUUCUAUGCCAGCAGAACAGGUGGAACUGUACUACCUCAAAGCUCUAAACAGGCACUCAGUGGUAUGGCAACUGGGACAGAUCUUAUUAUUACAACAUUUUUUUCCUAAAUAUUUUAGGUACAACAAAGGCAUUUUAUGAAACGAAAGACAUUACGAAACGAAAGAUAUACUUCUGUGACGGAUAUUACUAACUUUGUUACUCGACAUUAGGAAAACUUUUUUGUGCUAAAAUUUACUAGGGAUUUGUACGUAAAACCGAGCGUUAGGUUAAAACUGACCAAUCUCUACUAACGAUAAUUAUUUGGGUCGUAGACCCAAUAGCAUCACAGGUAAACAAAACUGUCAAACAGUUUUAAAGUUUUUUUCUUAUUGACUGAGUAAGAGGGUCAGAAAAGUAUAUUUAGCUCGAGGUCAUUACAUAGGGCGAGGUCAGCCAUACAUGACCGAGAGUCAAAUGUUUUCCCGUUCGGCCCAACCAUACUCAAUGACUGUGAAUAUAUGAAAAUCACUGAUAGACGUGAACUGCGGAUUCAGAAAUGAAUAUGAAAGCGAUCUUUGCAGUAAUGAAGACUAGUUAAGCACGAGUAAAGAUAUGGGCUGAAAAAACUCAGGCCUGUACGGGAUUUGAGCCCAUGACCACUGCGAUACCGGUGCAGCGCCUGAAUUUUUUUUAACAGGCCUUACCGCGAAGAUCGAUUUCGUAAUCAUUUCUUAAACUGCAGCCGUGCGGCUUUUUACGAACCUGCCUUCGGCCAUCGUUUGAGUAAUAUUUUUAUUGUUGUCGUUUUAAGUAAUAGGCGGAUAGGGCAGUACUUUUCAAAUUAUUAAAAGAAUUAUUUCACAAACUUUCGGCGUACAAGUACAUCUUCACUUGAUUUUACUAAUGAACCACACUUAGGUUGUCGAAACGUCAUUGUCGGCGAAAAGUCCUUUUAAUUUCUGGAAAACACGCACUCACUAACAAGCUUGCACUUCUGGUAUACUAAAGACGACUAUACUUGAAAGAAUCAGAGAACGCCAUUUAUUCUUCUGUCAGGUUCCUAGUCAUCGAUCCCUAAUGGUGGAGAGUGGGGUUUUGGAUGUGAUAUCUCGUGAGAUCAAAAAUCGAUUCCACAGCCUUAGAAUCAAACGUGAAAUUGGCCUAUUACUUGGAAAUUUGGCUUUAGAGGAAAGUACCCAUGAGAGCAUGGUGGAACAAGGUAAUCACACGAGCUGUAGGUGUGGCAAGAAACUGCCAGUUUUUAACCUCAGCAAGGAUAGCAGUGUAUUAUCCGUUUUAGAAGUGAAGCAGUUUUUCUUAUUUGUGUUAAUACAAGUUCUUUCAUCUUUACCUGGUUUUAAGUUGGUCAAAUUUUUCAAAUUUAAAGUGGCUAAACAUAGUGUAGGCGCUGAGCUGAGUUCUUGCGAAUGCCUAUCUUCUAUGUAGAACUGAAUGUUUAUGUAGCGUGAAUUUUUUUCUUCUUUCUCAGGGCUCUUACCACUUUUACGUUCCUGGUUGUAUUCCGAUGUGAGUAUUCCUUUGAGAUCAUUUCCAGAAAAUGAUAGGUUGACCUCGUAGUAACUUAUUCUCGGUUUAAUAAUAUGGUUUUACAGUGUAAUCCUUUAAGUCAAUCCUGUACCGCAGAGUUGCCUUUUCAAUAGCCUCUCUACUCAAUUUCUUUGAAGGACUUGGCUUUGUUCAGUCACGCUGUCCGAACACUGGCCAAUCUUGACAGAGACUUCUGCAAAGACGAGACUUACGAGGACGGAGUUUACUUGCUUCAUCCUCAGGGACGGCACUCGUGAGUACAAUACCUAAGUUACCAUCUCGUCUUCAUGCACUUGAAGCUGCAGAGUACAUGGGUGCCCCUACCUCAAAAACGUCCCCAGGAGUUACAUUUUGAUAGAUCUAUUCCAUUAACACAUAGUGCAAUUUCUGUCAAGCUGAUUUUGAAGUUCUAAACAUGAUGUAAAAAAACCCUUACAAUGAUAAAUAUCUCUAAAGCGGUCUUAUUGUCGUGCGAAUUAAAUACGUAAUGAAGGAGUGUGGGCGCUUUUCUAACUGCAGACACAACGACUGGCCUUCGUUCAAGGAAACGAUCAUUCAUUCCUCUUUUCUUAAUCUCUUCAAGUAGUUCCAGUAUCGAUGCCGACGUGGUAUUCGUUCAUGGCCUCCGCGGUGGUCCUUUCAUGACCUGGCGACAACAAGAAGAAAAAGAUGUCAAGAAUUCUGGUACGGACUGCUGGCCUAAGGUAUGCGAGGAAUAUGCGCAAAUACAGCUCUGAAUCGACCAUAUUCUUUCCCAGUCGGAGUAGGCAUUGGAAGGUGUCGCUCUAUGUGCAGGGUUCAAUGUUGGUGUUGGAUGCUAUCUUGGGAAAUUCAAACAUUAGCAGUCAAUUGGGCCGACAAUCAUGCCUUAGUCUGAGACUGUUGAAAAACUUUGGCUCUCUACCAUAGACAAACUUUUAGGGGGAGGUGGGCGGGGUGGGGUGCUCCUCUCCAUUUUUGGUAGAGUUAUGCCAUCCGUUCUCGCUAAUCCUGAUCCCAUUUUAGACCAUUUUGAAUGUCUUCUACUCGUUUUCAUAUCUGGGCCUUGUUUCUCAAAAGUCCGGUAACUUAACGAGCCUGAGACCAUGCAUAAUUCGGUCACGCGAAGGCCCGCACAUUUAGAAUUUGGAAUACUAUUCGGAAUUCCAAAGAUGCGGGUCUCCGCCCAAAAUCCAGUCGAUUCUGUUUCAAUCCCUGCCGGGUAUUUUUAUUGUUUGAGUUUCAAAAGUAUUGACAGCUGGCACUGGUAUAAAGCAUUUGGAUCGCCCUGAAUAUGAAUCGGUCAUGUUAAUAAUUAUGAAUAAUAUUAAUGGAAAGAGCAGAUUUGUUGGUUUUCUAAAUAAGGCUAGAAGUAUGCAUUUAAAGUUUCGCGAUUCACUUCGAAAGUAGGACGAGCGACAACUGCAAGAGCUCUGAGGUUAUCUGCCCGAUGUCCUAAAGUAUGCACGAGGUCCAAAGAGAAUAAAUAAAGAGAAUUAUAACACCACUGAAUUCUUUCGAGUCCGGUGUGCUUUGGGAAAGGACUCUAGAAACACAGUCGUACGGGUUCCUAGUCCUUGGGGUCUAAAUUCGUUGUGCAUGUAGUCAGUACGGGGUCCAUCGGUCCUUGCGAUGCUAGAAAUGUAGCAAUCUAUUGCACUGAUCGUAAGCCCAAGAAACUCAUCGUAAGCCCAAGAAACGUCCUUGGCGGGUAAAUUAUGUUUAUUACCUUUCACCGCUAUGAAUGACUGCAACUGAAUAAACGAUUUUAGAAGAUUUUUCGUUCCAGAUUGUUGUUCUCUUGUGGUUUGAUGCCUAAAGAUUUGACAAUAGGUGACAUUAACAUCAAAUAAACGAUUUUUCUCCAACAUUUUAGUCCUGGUUGGUUGGGGACAUUCCCAGCAUACGGGUUCUUAUGCUUGAAUAUGAUACGUCACUGUCGCAUUGGGUGGCCCAAUGUCCCCAGAAACCUGAAACGUAAGUAUAACAUGUGAAAUCUUCUUUACAGCUUUUCUGUUAUGCGGCUGAGGGUUUCUUUGAUAAUUGUGAAAAUUAAUUUCUCGUUUAGUGGAGAAUAAUUUUUUUCACAAACAACUCUGUGGAUAUUGAUCUGCUGGUUGUUGUAGUUUGAUUAAAAUUUCCAUGUAUGCACUAGCAGAAUCGAAAUUCUCACAGAUCGGUUGCGCCAAAAUUAAUAGUAGACCCCUGAGGUAUAUUUAUUGAUUGUUCCACAAUUCGCUCUCUUCCAGUCAGUCCUUGUUGUAUCGAAGUGAAGAGAUAAGAAGGAAGCUGCGCAAGGCAGGAGUCGGCAAGAGACCAGUUAUAUGGAUUGUUCAUUCAAUGGGAGGUAACUAAGUUAUUCCCAUAACUUCCGUUUACACAGGAAAACGAGCUAAUACACUGAGGAAUAGACGGACAAACGUACAAACACAGUAAGGAGUGAAUAUUGGCCUUGAUGGGCGGACUUAACAAUACACGAUUUACUUACACCAAAAUUUGGUUUUUCCUUGUCCUCUAGGGCUACUUGUGAAGCAACUUUUGUUGGAUGCGGAGAAAGACGACGAAUUUCGGUGGGGUGGAAAUGAUUCCCCAAAGCCUUUCUUCCUUUAGAAUAAUGCACGAAGAUAAAGUUGCUGUACUUAUUUCUUGUUUCUUUAUUCAUUUAUAGGAGCAUGUGCGACAACACAAAGGGAAUCGUGUUUUACAGCACUCCUCAUCUUGGUUCUGCUUUGGCAUCAUACUCAACCCAGGCCAGCCAUCUUCUCCUUCCCUCAGUUGAAGUAAAAGAGCUAUGCCAGAGUAAGUGGCAGAUUGCUUAUUCUGAGUGGUUCAGUCUAGAACGGUAUCUUAAAUAAAAGCUUAGUAAGGUGGAUUUUGAACAAUUUUUUAUGUUAGGAAUCUCUUUUUUCUCCAAAUUAGAAUCACCGUUCUUGGCCACUCUUCAUGAAAAUUUUCUCUCCUUGGUCCAGCGACAUCCAGUCAAGUUACUAAGCUUUGGAGAGACUAUGCCAGUGAAGCUGUCAUGGAUGUUACAAACAAUACUAGUUACUAAUGACUCUGCAGGUUGGUAACCGGUCAAGUUUUGAGUUUUGUAUCCAACCAGUCAAACCUUCAUAACUCGGGUCCUUCGAAACGUGAACCUUCGCUAACCCGAACAAAACCUCUCUCUUCUAGAUUUCAGCCAUUUUCUGUAAUUUGGCCCACAGAGCAACUAACUCGAAGCAAUUUUCGUUGCCCGUCGGCUCAAUUUUUGUAUAAUUUUACUCGGACCAUGUUUGUCAGUUCGUAAUGAGGUUAAACAAACUCCGCUAUAGCUCAGGACAUUGACCCCUUUCUGAAACAGCAGCAUGCUUUUUUUUUUUGUCUUUGUCAUUUGUUGAUGUUUUGCAUUUUUCCCUUUUUUCGCUGUUGUGUAAAAUUUACGACUUUGAGUCCAUUUCACGUUCCUUUAGUUUUGGAAACAUUUAUUUAUCGUGGAUCCUGUAAGGUUCGCAAUUCUCUAUUCUGUCUUAAAAUUUGCUCAAAAUCUAAAGUAUGACUAGAAACGCAUUAGUCACAAUUUUCGCCUUAUUUCCGGCAUUUGUCGAUAACUUGAAUUCCAAAACAAUUGGAGCCAUUUCAAUUUCCCUUGAAGGGUUGGAAGCAUAACACAGUGCAGUAUGUGUGAAAUUUGUAACAUUUGUAAAUUUGCCUAAAGAGGCCCAACUUCAGUGAUCAAACGUCCGGAAUAAAGAAAAAAAAAUAGACGCGGAGCUAUUCUAUGUGGUGUGGAUUAAAGGGCGCACGACCUUAAAUUUCACGUGUGCGGUAGUAUCAAACCUGUGACAUCCAUGAGUAUAUUUGAAACUGUUCGAGCAUUUUUCUUGAUAAAUUAUCGAGUUGCUCUUCAGUCAUGUUAUUUUCUUUUAUAGAUUUAGGUGUCGGCGAAUUUUUACCACUUGAUGUGGACCACGUUGAUAUAUGCAAACCCAGCAGCAAGACUGACGAAAGAUACACGAAGACCGCCCAAUUUAUACAGAAUCUGAUAGCAAAAUAACUUAUUUUUAGGACUCAUUAUGCGUAUUUCUAACAAAGAUCUUUUGUGGUAUCGAGUUUAAUCAUUAGCAUGAUGUUAUUACUUAUAACUCUUUACAUUCUGUCAAUUGCGAGCCAAGAACUUAAGCUAAGGAUGUUAAAAGUUUAAUUAAGAUUAGCCUCUCAGUGGCUUCUCAUUAAUAAGAGAAAAAACCUCAUGAAGCUUACAUUGGCGUGCUCUACUCUAUUAUUUUUUUGUUUCUAGAUUUUGUUGUUAUCCAUUAUUAGCUUUUAUUCCGUCUCUUUUAAUGUACCACUUCCAAUGAAUACGUUUUCAAAACAGUUGUUUUAUUUCCAUUUUUACAAUGUUUUCCCACAUUAUAUUUACCUUUACAAAGCAAAUAAGGGGAGCUAAACACCGAUCGUUCUAUAUAGAUAAAAAGAACUGCGUAGGUUAGUACAACAGUAAGGGGUAUUGCAUCACUUGUUAUUUGCUCGUUUCUUUGUGUAUUCUGGACUGUGGAGCUUAUUCAGUUGUUUGGUGCGUGAGCCAAUUCUUUAGCUGGAAUUUCCCCCUUUUCCGAAAACCAAGGAAACAAGAAAAUCGAUAGUUGGAAGAUCACCAAUAGUUUGGAGAGUGCUGUAGAAAUGCCUUUUCACAAGAGAUUAUUGUAAUCUCUUGCUUUUCAUGAAGUUAAAAAUUACGGCUUCAUGUUGUUAAAUACCAGUUUUCACCUCUGUUUGAAGAUAAUUUUUUUAAAAUUAGCGGAGUUGAUAAUGAAACUUGGCCACCAUAAAGAGUUUCUAAGGCUUCGUCAGAGCGAAGGGUUAGCGUCUGACGAAAGGCUAACGCUCGAAGUGUUAGCUUUAUAAACUCUUCAUGGAGGCCGAAUUACCAUGUCAAUUUAGUUGAUAAAACUGAAUUAUCUUGUUUUACUCCCCCACCAACGCAGCACCACAGUUUGUUUAGAAACUUACCCUAUUUAUUCACCCCCUGUGUCCUGUUGAAUUUUCUCCAGGUGGUGAACAAUAAAAGCACACGUAAAAACAAUUAUUGUGUCGUAAAAGAAAAAGCAUAAUGAUCAGUGUUAUCAUUAUUGACAAAGGAAUUUAAUCAGGCGAGCUUGGUAUCAUUUCUUAUAUUGUUGUAAAAAAUAAACGAAGGC